AUGAAGGCCCCUCUCUUCAUCGCCCUUGCCAUCGCGGGCGCUGCUUCUGCGUUUAAGGCAACAACCACGGCAAGUAUACGCGUUUCAAGGGCUGCUGAACUGCUGUUGACUGGAAAUCCUAGCGCUAUUACGACGGACAGGAGGGUGCUUGCGGAUGUGGCUCGAGCUCUGGAGGCAUGGCCUCCUGGCAGCUUGGCUUUCUUCGAUACGGCCGGUGCUUCGUGGUGUGGUGCGGGGUGCGGCAAAUGCUAUCAAUUGACCUCUACAGGAGAGGCACCUUGCUCGACGUGUGGUAAAGGUGGCGCUGCUGGCCAGAGCAUCAUCGUGAUGGUCACAAACCUUUGUCCUAAUAAUGGAAACGCGCAGUGGUGUCCGACAGUCGGCGGUACAAACCAGUACGGUUACAGCUACCAUUUCGACAUUAUGGCACAGAAUGAAAUCUUUGGAGACAACGUGGUUGUUGAUUUCGAGCCUGUCGUCUGUCCAGGACAAGCUACUUCCGAUUGGGAAACCUGUCUCUGUAUAGAUAUGCAAGAGACAGAUACCACGCCCGUUGGUCUAGGUGACCCUGGCUCUGGUUCGCCUCCUUCUAGCAGUUCGAGACCGCCGCCAGCGACAUCAUCAGCACCACCAUCCGGCGGCGGGUCACAAGUUCUCUAUGGACAAUGUGGAGGGGUUGGCUGGACAGGUCCCACGACUUGCCAACCUCCAGCUACCUGCAAGGCCCAGAAUCAAUGGUACUCCCAGUGCCUGAAUUAA